AUUUAAAACUAAGGCGCGUCCGAAGCAGUCGCCCCAGGCCUUACUGAGAAGCAACAUUACAAUAUCUGAAUUAAAUUUUACCGUGAAAGGAAUACUUAUCCUGUUUUGCUGUCCUGUUUUUGUAUUUUGCAAGACAACGCGAAAUUUAAUAUUAAUUAAAAACUUGUUUGAUACAGUUUCCAGUUUCAAACACUCCAAAAUUUCCACAUGAACGACAAAACUAAACUGAAUUUUCUAUAAUUAUCACGUUCAGAAAUACAAUUAUGAAAAUGAAAAAGCAUCUAGUGUUUAAUUCCACAUUGCUGUUUGUAAUGUUGAUCGAAUCUAUUGGAGUUUCGGGCAAAGAUUUGAGUGAAAAUGAGCGGGCUGGCCGAGCGGCAUUUGUUCAAAGACUAUUGAAUAAAAAAAAGUAUUUGGAAGGGAGAGUGAAAUUAGUUGGCGGGAAUAAAUAUGAAGGCAACGUGUACAUCUAUCACGCCGGUCGUUGGGGAGCUAUUUGUGACGACAGCUGGGAUGAUGCGGCAGCUCAAAUCGUAUGUCGCGUGUUCAACAGGACUGGUUUUGCUACUCACGGAGGGCAAUACGGUGAAGCAAAAGAACAAUUUUGGAUGGAUGACAUGGUUUGUCAGGGUGAUGAAUCUUCACUGACCCAGUGCAUAUUCUCUGGCUGGGGUUCUUCAGACUGCACGCCUACUGAAGCAGCUGGAGUCAAAUGCCGCAAACAAGAGACACAUGUGCCAUUAAAUCUUUCCUCAAAGAAAAAAGCAGGAGUCCCACUACAUGAAGUCUUAGAUAUUAGGUAUACUAGUUUGAGACUAGUUGGCGGAAGAAAUGCUCUGGAGGGCAGAGUGGAGAUCUAUCACAAUAAUUACUGGGGAAGCCUAUGCCCAGACGGCUGGACGAUCUAUGAAGCUGCAGCUACCUGUCGCCAUUUAGGCCUAGGAUAUGCGGAGCAAGCCCUACAGACGGAUUAUUUCGGAAGCUCAAAGAUUGUUCUUAGCGGAGUGGAAUGUCAAGGCAACGAGACGAACCUAUUAAUGUGUCGACAUCAGAAAUAUGGCAACGUUACGUGCCCAGGGACAGUUGGUCACGUCGCAGCGGUAAUAUGUACCCAAAAAUUGGCCGAUUUGGAGCUUGACACCGCAGCCAUAGAACACACCGCCCAUUUACAAGACGUUCCAAUGUACCAGCUCACUUGCGCUAUGGAAGAAAACUGCUUGACGAAGUCAGCCUAUGAGACGCAAAAAACCAACCCAAAUUGGCAAUAUGAAACCAGAAGGCUAUUGCGUUUCACAGCAGCCUCUCUCAACAUCGGAAACGAUGAAUUCAGGCCGUAUUUACCGAAGCAUUUGUGGCAAUGGCAUCUUUGUCAUAUGCACUACCACAGUAUGGAAGUGUUUGCUACAUUCGAUGUCUUUGAUGCGUCAGGCCGAAGAGUCGCAGAAGGCCAUAAAGCUUCGUUCUGCUUAGAGGAUAACACGUGCAUGCCUGGAGUGGAAAAAAAGUAUUCCUGCAAGAACUAUGGAGAUCAAGGUGUUUCAGUGAACUGUUCGGAUGUUUAUCAUUACAAUAUUGACUGUCAGUGGGUGGAUGUGAGUGAUGUGGAGCCAGGCGACUACACGUUAAAGGUGGCAGUGAACCCUCACGCGCGAAUAGCAGAACAAAAUUACCACAAUAACGCGGCGUCUUGCAGACUGCGUCUUUCUGAACUCUAUGCUGCAGUAUACGGAUGUAAACGCGAAAGGCCUUAGCUUGUAAUCGUCACUGUAAGAACAGAAUGUUUGUAACAAAUUUAAAACUGCCCUGCUAACCGACAAAAAUCGUUCGAAAUCUAACCUAUGACGUCAUUUGGGGCCAAAAAAACGACAUAACGUCCAGCCACAUAAUUUAUCAUUAUUUAUUAAAACUCAAACUCUUUAUAAGACAAUCAACUAAUUAUUUAACAAAAAUAAUGAUUGGAUGAUCGCUUAAAUAUAAAUAAUGUCUAAACACUAGUUGUUAGUAUGUUAGAUUGUUUUGUGAUUGCUAUCCCCUUUCGUACUAACUGUAAAUUAUUAUUGUAAAUUAAUGCCUGCUGGGGUUAAGCCUUUUGUUAUUUCUGGAGCGAAACAAUUAUGUGAUAUAGCCUGUAGGUCAGCUUAGUAGUCGUUCUCAUGACUAUAACCUCAAAGCUGGCAGACAUAUUGAGGCAUUACAAUUUAAAAAAAAACAAAAUGAAUUUUGAAUCUUUAUUAAUUAAUUCUUAUAAAUUACGUAUCACAAUUGGUCAUUGCAAAAAAAUAUUUUAAAUAUAAAGUUUUUAGUCUUAAAUUGAUGUCCGUUUUUUGUACCAUUAAUUAAACCUUAGCGAUAUGAUAAGUUUAUUGUACUUAUUGUGUAACAGUAACAAAUUGCAGAUCAAUUAUUGUUAGUGGUAUUCGAACCUUUCCCAGAAAUAAAAAUAAAUGGUAGCAUCGCUGAGGCCAUAAACCGCAUGUAAAUCCUUUUUUGGUAUUUGAUAGCUACCCCCACCACCAGAUAUGAAAGACAUCCAAAUGACUCGACAUAUUUCUGGACAUAAAUUCGGAUAUCCACGAUUUAAACCCUCCAAAUUGAACUUUUGAAAUUUUAAUUGAUGAUAACUGCAUAUUGCUUAAACCACUAUUUUUAGUGAAGACAGUUUUAGUACAUAAUUGAUCUAAAGGUUAUAAAUCGAGACCUCAUUAAGACAAAUAAAUUUUACAGGAAUGAGAGUUAAGGCAAAAAAGUGGUCCGGUCCAGACCUUAACUUUAAAAGUUCGGAUUUAUCAAAAUAUUUCUCAGAAGUGUCUCAUUUAACUAUUCAUUCAAUUAUUAAAUGUAUCUUUUGUUAAGAAAAGUUUUCAGUGACUUUAUAUAAUGUCUAUUUGGUUGAAAAAUAAAAAAAAUAAAAUUGAAUUGAAAUUA